AUGACUAUCGUGAACAUUCGUCGUGAUGUCGAAGACAAAUUUUACCGUUACCGCAUGCCUCUACUUGAAACUAAGAUUGAAGGUAGAGGAAAUGGUAUCAAGACUGUCGUCCCGAAUAUGUCGGACAUUGCCCGUGCACUGAGCCGACCGCCGACGUACCCAACAAAGUACUUUGGCAGUGAGCUCGGAGCUCAGACGGUGAUUGAUGAAAAGAGUGACAGAUAUAUUGUAAAUGGCGCGCAUGAUGCAGCCCGACUGCGUGAGCUGCUUGACGGCUUCAUUGACAAGUUUGUGCUCUGUGGUGAAUGUAAGAACCCUGAAACAGAUCUGAAGAUCCGGGACGGCGAUAUUCUACGUGAUUGCAAGGCAUGUGGUAAGCGCACUUAUGUGGACAUGCGCCACAAGCUUUGCACAUUUAUCCUGAAGAACCCGCCUCCCAAGCGAGUGAAGGGUGCCAAAGGUGCCGGUGCGGCCAGUGGCCAGUCAGUGCAGGUGGCUGAAGCUGAGGAGAAUGCUGGCAGCGACGAUGAGCUGACGAACCGUAUUCAGAAAGAGGCGCAGAGCAUUCCCACGGCCGAGCAACGUGAGAAGGAGGCGGACGUCGACGAAGACUGGUCGGUCGACACCUCUGAGGCGGCUGUGGCCGCGCGUGUCAAGGCUUUGGAGGGUGCGAUGAGCAUGCUAGGCGCUGAUGAUGAAGAUGGUGAUGAAGAUGAAUCGAGUCCCUACGCGCAAUUUGGCACUUGGAUCUUGGAGGAACGCGAAAAAGGUUCGAGGCCAAGUGCAGCGGACGUGUAUCGCAAGGCGCAGGAGCUUGGGAUUGAAAAGAAGCACAAGUCUGUGCAGGUACUUUUUCAGGCGCUCUUUAGUGAGAAUGCACCUGCAGAAGUCGAACAGUAUGCACCCCUGCUUGUCAAGAUGAUCACGUCGGAGAAGCACCAAAAGUCGAUGCUCGGUGGUAUUGAGCGUCUGGCUGGCCUCGAGCAGCCGAGCCUCGUACCGAACGGUGUUCCAAAGCUUCUCAUGGCCCUCUACCAAAUUGAUGUGUUGGAUGAGGACAUCGCACGCCAGUGGGGCACGCAUGUGUCAAAAAAGUAUGUCGACAAGGAAACCUCGAAGAGGGUGCGUAAGGCGGCGUCGCCGUUCCUCCAGUGGCUAGAGCAGGCUGAAAGCGAUGAUGAAGACGAGGAUGACGAGGAUGAAGAUGACAAUGCUCCAACAACUGAGCACCAAGAGGGUGACAGUGACUUGGACGACCUAUAG